AAAGGUAUUCGUCACUUCACCUCUUCUUUUCCUUUUAUGCCAAAUUAUGUCUGUGUUUUGGCUUAGCCUGGAAAGAAGACAAGCGACCCCGCCGAGAAAGAAAAGCUAAAAGAAAAAGGAGGACACGAGAGGUGUCUGCUGAAAGCAAUUCUCCUUCGUCCUCACACACCCAUUAAUUCCAUACAUCUUCCGUCAUUUCUUCCUUUCGUCAUCAUUUCAGUCAAAAAUCAACCUCUGGUUAUAGUCGGGCUUUCUCCCUUUGCUGUACUCUUCUUGAUCUUCAUCGCUUGCCGAGAAAACAACUGCAGAGAAUUAAGAGCUAGAUUUGGGAAACCCCCAUCAAUUGUUGCAGAUUUCCUGGCAAUCUUCUCCGCAAAAAUUGAUGGUGCCUUAGUCUCGUUGUUUGAAGCUUUGGGAAUACAAGUUCUCUCCUCAUUUACCAGUUCCAGUUGUCUGUAUACCCUUUUUUAGUUCCAUUCGAUUCAUGUCUGAUGCAAGGAUCGAUGGACCUAAAAUCCCAAUUUAUUGUUUUCUUAGCGAUCUCUCUGCUUCCACUUAUCGCCUCCAUCAACUGCAACCGAUCUUGCCGCGAUAAAAGCGUUCCCUUCCCAUUUGGAUUCUCCCCUGCUUGCGAAAUCCAGCUGAACUGCAGCGCAAGCGGCGAUGCCAUCAUCGGGGAGUUUCCGGUACGGACCUUGGGCUCCGACGAAAUUCUGAUCUAUCUCCAAGCAAAAUGCAAUCGUUCCCUUCACUCUUUCCGCAGUCUUUUCAGCCAGAACUUUGCUCCCACCACCGGGAACGGAAUUCUGCUGCGGGAUUGUGCCCACCCGGUGUCGCCGUGCAUGCUGCCGUCGAGCAUGGUUCAGGCUCACUUCAAAAUGCUCGAUUGCGGUUCAGCGAACAGCAGCGACAUUAGCUGCUAUUCAGAAAAAAGAGGAAAUGGGUUUAUCGAUUUCGAUAAUCUGACUAGCGGAAAUUGCCGAUCUCUGUACUCGGCGAUCUCCAUUGAAUCGUUUAACAGCUCGGCGAUGUCGUUGGAGGUUCAGGUUGUUCAGCUGGAGUGGUGGCUUCAAGGGGAUUGUGACUGUUCUCGCGAUGCGAAUUGCACGAAACUCGUCUCACCGGCGGACGGAAAGCGGAGGUUUAGGUGCCGUUGCAAAGAAGGAUUCGAGGGGGAUGGGUUCCGCGCCGGUCAGGGUUGCCGGAAAGCCACUUCAGCAUGCAAUCCUUCAAAAUACAUUUCAGGUCAGUGCGGAGGAGUGACCAGAGUUGCUGUCUUAAUUGGAGGUACUAUUGCAGGAAUUUCUUUAAUUGUCAGUAUGGGUCUUAUAUGCUGUUUCCUUCGACGUCACUCAGCUCUAAAAACCAAAAUCAGCACAAAACGUCGUCUAUCUGAAGCUACGGGCAACUGCACUGUUCCUAUCUAUGCUUACAAGGACAUAGAGAAAGCUACGAACAGCUUUGCAGAGAAACAAAGGCUGGGGACAGGGGCCUAUGGAACAGUUUAUGCAGGAAAACUUCACAGCAAUGACUGGGUUGCUAUUAAAAGGAUUAGACAUAGAGACGCUGAUUGUAUUGAGCAAGUUAUGAAUGAGAUCAAGCUUCUGUCAUCCGUGAACCACCCAAAUCUAGUCCACCUCUUGGGUUGCUCCAUUGAAAAUGGCGAACAAAUCCUCGUUUAUGAGUUCAUGCCUAAUGGAACAUUAUCGCAACAUUUGCAAAGAGAGCGCGGUAAUGGCCUUCCAUGGCCAAUCCGGCUCACCAUUGCAAGUGAAACUGCUCAAGCCAUUGCCCAUCUCCAUUCUGCCAACCCUCCAAUAUACCACAGGGACAUCAAAUCUAGCAACAUUCUGUUAGAUUAUGACUUCAGAUCGAAAGUUGCUGAUUUUGGUCUUUCAAGACUUGGUAUGACUGAACUAUCCCACAUCUCAACUGCCCCUCAGGGUACCCCAGGGUAUCUUGAUCCUCAGUACCAUCAAAACUUCCAUCUUUCUGAUAAAAGUGAUGUUUACAGCUUUGGGGUAGUCCUAGUGGAGAUCAUAACAGCAUUAAAAGCAGUGGACUUCUCCCGGCCCCAAAACGAGGUGACUUUGGCUUCUCUUGCUACUGAGAGGAUUGGGAAAGGUUGUUUAGAUGAAGUAAUAGACCCAUUGCUCGAGGCACAAGGAGAUGCUUGGACCUUCUCUACGGUGCACAAGGUCGCCGAAUUGGCUUUCAGAUGCCUUGCAUUUCACCAGGACAUGAGGCCUUCAAUGAUGGAAGUGGCAGCUGAAUUAGAGCACAUCAGGAUCAGUAGGUGGGCAAUUGUAAAAGAGAACAUUUUUGCAGCUGUCUCACCAGACUCAUCGUCAACCUCCUCUUGCUCUUCAUCGUCGAGUGCAAGUGAGAAACCGCUAAAUGUGACAGUUGACAAGGUUGGAUUGGAAAGCAGAAGCCUCUUUGCGCUGCAGAGUGGGAUCUGCUGCGUCAAUUCAAUGGAAAGAGAGAAGGAUAAUUCCCCUGUUUGUGUGCAGGAUCCAUGGCUCAGCGAGCAAAGUUCACCUUCAUCAAAUAGCUUGUUGAGUAAUGCAGUUUAGUGACUGAAAGCUGGGAUCCAUGAUUGGGAGUCCUCACCCUUCCUCGUCCUGUUAAUACCAUCAAGGUAGUUUUACAUUAUAUGAUUAUAAAAUAGUUGCCCUUAUUUACUAAUUAAUCAUGCUCAUAAGCCAAUGCUUUUCAUUUUUCCAAGUUUUAGCAUAUAAUGUGUACAGAAACUGUAUUGAGUGCAAAAGUGUGGAGAAAUUAUCACACUACGCUUUACAGUGAAAUUAAGAUAUGGGAAUUCUCUC